GUGAUACGACUGUGUGUGAUACACAGGAGAUAAACUAGAAUAUCAGAGGCUAGCUUUGCUUUAUCAACAUGGUUGGAAAGAUUAAACAUGUUCGCCAGAAGCUUCACCAGGCUGCAGUGAAGCUUGACAGUUCCACUGGCCUCACUCAGACCCCCAGCUCCGGGUCCGAGUCGUCUCGUCGCUUAGAAGAGCCUCCACAGAAAAUAACUCCGCAGCUACUGGACGAUAAGAGUGAUGCUCCAAAACAUGCUGCACAGGCUGGGACACUCAGCUCCUUCCCCACUGGGAUCUUUGCAGGAACUAAAAUCUCUCCAGAGGCUCUUGUGCAAACCUUGAAGUUUGAGAAACCUCCAGAAGUACCCAUACCUGACAAGAAAGGCCCAGAAGAGAAGAAAAUCAAGUCAAAGAAAGAGAAGAUGAAGGAGAGGAGGGACAGAUGGCUCAACAAGAUCAGCUCCAUCAAGCAGGCGAAAGAGCAGCAGGCAGCAGAGGCCCGCAGGCAGGCCACGCCUGUGGUGGGAGACAUGAGGCCGCUGGCCGACGCCCUUCCUGAACUCUCCGAGCUCAUCGCCCCCGCCGUCACAGCCCCCACCGCUCGCCGCAAGAGCAGGAAAAACAAAGUGCCGGUGAAAAGGCCGGAGCCUACCGACUUCAGCCAGAUGAAACAGUCACAGAAACGUAAACUCCUGGAAACAGAGAGCGGCAGGUUCAGCGACGCAGUGAAGACGCUCAGCGCUAAAACAAACCCUCUGGCCGAUAUCGGUGAGCAGCUGAAGAAGAGGAUGAAGCAGGAGGAAGAGCAAGGUCCGAGCUAGCGGCAGCAGCGGCGGCAGCAGCUCAACUAAAACACUUCCACAGACUUAAACAAGCCCAGUCUGCACCUGAUGUCAUCAGGGAAACCCAAGCCUUAUUUAUAAGGAGGAGGAACCUGAUCUGUGGAACCCUGUCACACCUCUGCUGCUGGCUGGUCCCACACAAAGACUGAGUAUGUAGUAUUUGUAAAUCAUGACUAUAACAGAUAUCCUUUCUGUUUUAUUAUUCACAUCUUUGGCACGUCUUUAUUAAAUCCAUCAAAGCUCAAACUCUAUGUGUAUUUUCUACGUCAGAU